CGUCACUGAUGCGCCAUCAUCACAAACCGUACAUGUGGGCUAGUCGCUAAGUCGAAGAACUUGUUAAUUUUUUAUCUGGUUCGCGUGUUUAAAGUGUGCAAUUCUUUGUUCGGGUGAUGACGUGUGUUUGAAUGAGUUGUAAAGUGUAAAGUAAAGUGAGGGAAUUCUGUCGUUAAAUGCAGCCGCCGGUUUGCUCUUAGUGCUAGCAGGCUAACCCCCCCGCAGCUAGCUGACAGGAGUGAAUGCUCCACACACGACGUCGAUGAUGGCUGAUGAUGAUUCAGUGAAAGAAGAAGAAGAAGCUGCUGCUGCUGCAGCAGCAGCUCCGCAGCGAGAUUCUAACGGAGCUGACGAGAAGAUUGUGAGCAGCAGCGGAGGAGGAACCGCUGCAGAAAAUCAAACUCUGUCCAAAAGACAGAAGAAGAAGCUCCUGAGGCAGCAGAAGUGGGAAGAAGAGAGGGGUCUGAGGAAGCAGUUGCGUAAAGAGAAGAGGCAGCAGCGUCGCCAGCAGAGGCAGAAUCAGGAGGAGGAGAAGGAGCACGGUGGAGACGCCCAGAGCGCGAGAAAACGCCUCCGUCGGGACGUGACACCCAGCUCUCUGAGGCUGGUGGUGGACUGCGGCUUCGACAGUCUCAUGCUGAUGAAGGACGUGAGUAAACUUCACAAGCAGAUCCAGCGGUGCUAUGCUGAGAACAGACGGGCAGUUCAUCCGGUUCAGUUUUACCUAACGAGCCUGGGUGGACAGCUGAAACAGAGCAUGGAUGAAAAGGACAAAGGAUGGGUGAACUGGAAGGACAUCAACAUUAAAACUGAGCACUACAGUGAGGUCGUGGCUAAAGAGGAUCUGGUUUACCUGACAUCGGACUCUCCCAAUGUGCUGGAGGAACUGGACCAUAACAAAGCGUACGUCAUCGGAGGCUUGGUGGACCACAACCACCAUAAGGGAAUUACACUUGAGAAGGCGAAGGAGCUGGGGAUCCAUCACGCUCAGCUUCCGCUGAGCAGCUUUGUCAAGAUGAACAGUCGUAAAGUUCUGGCAGUCAACCAUGUGUUCGAGAUCAUCCUGGCGUACAUGGAGAAAGGCAGCUGGCAGGAAGCCUUCUUCACCGUCCUGCCUCAGAGGAAAGGAGCCGUGGCUGUCGAAAAGGGAACGAUCGCUCAGGAGAAACAGGACGACGACUCGGACUCGGACCCGGACCCAGACUCACCGGAGCAGACGGAGAAAAGAACCUGAUGCUGAGCACAGAUGGACAAGACUCUUUAACGUUGGACAGAAUAGGAAAUAAGAAAAUGUGUGGAUUUAUAAUAAUAAUCAUAUUUAAUUUUGUUUUAUACUAGAUAUUUAUUUAAAAGAUGUGCUCAGUGCCAGUUUCAUUGCUUAUUUUAGUUAGACUGCUGAUGUAAAUGAUGAAAAGAUUUCAGUUUUGCAGUUUUUUUUGCAGAAUAUAAAAUGGUCAUCAUAUUCUAGAACUGGAACACAGAGGUUAGUUUUUUAUUUUUAGAUAUAAAUGUUUUUGCUUGGAGCUGAUCACCACAGAUAUCAAACCUGUGCCAAAUGGACCCAUUUCAUGCAAGAUAAAGUCGACAUGUGACCAUUA